UGGAUAUCCGGAUUACAACAGUAGACUAUCUUUUAUCCAAAAACACAGUGUUUAUUUAUUUUCGAUCUGUCAUAAAUUGUAUAAUACUUUGGUUUCAUAUGUUAUAUGAAAAUAACGCUCUCGCUGUAUCAUUUUUGACAUAAAGGCCGCUAUAUAAAUUGUUUUUUUUUUUAAUUUUUCUUUAAAUAUUAAAAGGACUUUAUAGACUAUUAUGGUAUUAGGAGAACUGUGUUUUUUUGUUGUUGUUCAGCUGCCGCUUGCGCUUGCGUUCAGGGUGAGAUCGUCCGUCACGGAUGAAAACAUCAAAGAACAAAAUGCAGAGCUUAUAUGCAGUUGGUCUAGCAACGCCUCAGAGACGCCUCAGCAACUGUCUGUUUCAUUUAACAACAUCUCUGUUUUAACCUGCGACGUGAGUGACCUCCCUUACAACUGCACAACAGACCUAUCAUCAACCAAUAAAUAUGAAAUCAGUAACUCCGCAUCAGGCCUGGUUUCAUUUGAAAUACAUAAUCUAGAAUGUUCAGAUCAAGGAACGUAUUCCUGUCAGAUAUAUCGAGAAACGCCAACACUUCAAAGUAUAUCUAGUUCUGUCUUAAGCAUAAAAGUUCCACCAAGUGUUCCCAAAUUAAGUAACGCCGAGACCGAUGUCCCGGACAAGGGUGUCAGCAUUAGAGCAACCUGCAAGGCUGUUGUAGGCUAUCCCAACGCUGGACAGAUUGUUUGGAAAUCUUUUCUCAAUGGAAAGCCAUUUCAUGUAGAUCCAGGACUUAUAGUCACUUCUUUAAAGGCUCCUGAGCCAGCAGAUGACAGAUGCACACUGCGUGUAGAGAGUCAGGUAGCCUUGAAAGUCAACGCAACUCAUCAAAAUAUGACUUUAGCUUGUUUUGUUACCAACCCAGACUUCCAUCCUUCAGCUGCACACAAGUGUACCAACCCAACAACUGACCUGUGCAGCCAGACCAACCCAGUCAAUGUCGUUAGUGUCAUAACUCGAGAUGUAGCUCUCAUAGGUGGCGCAAAAGCCUGGCAUGCCAACAGAAUACUAACCACAGUGGAACUUACUCUAGUUAUCUUAGCAUGGAAAAAAUUACUGUAAUGACCAUAUUUCUGAAACUAAAAUGUUUACAGUACUUUAGGCCAAGAUUUAUAUUCACAAAACAUGUGACAAAUUACAACGUAUUGGCUGAAAUUUUAAAGUUUCUGAAGAACUAUGCAGUGAAAAAUAUAGUUAUGUGUUAAUUUAAGUCUAACAAAAAUGAAGAAUUUAAUGUUUUAAGAGAUGUUUCAUUCAUUUGUACGAAAUACGAAUUUCAGGAAAGAAAGCCACGAAAAAAAAAAAAGAAAUAAUACAUUUUUAUAAUCGUCUUAAAAGUUCCGGAUGAUCCUUCAGAGUUGAAGCCAAUCUGUAUUCUUUGUCCAAAUCUGCCGCAGGAAGACGGGGUUGGCAGCGGGAAGGAUAUGAACCCGGAACCUUCGAGACGACCGAACGACAGUCCAGAGUGCAUACCGCUCGACCAUUCACCAUUCUGUUGUUCAUGUAACUAAAAUGGCUUUCAGUAUAACGUGUAAAUAGAAAUGCUAUCAUAAAAUAUCAAACACGCUCAUGAUUUAGUUUUUCAGUUGGAAGUAAUGCAUACUAAUAUAACUCCUUCAAUUCUUACAAUAUAUUUUAUUUUCAUGGAAAUAAA